GAGAACUGACUGUGUGUAUGUGUGUGUGUGUGUGUGUGUGUGUGUGUGUGUUUGCGUGGCAGCUGUUCGCAGUGGGAGAAUCUGAAAGGACUCACAGCCAGCCCAAGUUUGGACUGGAGUCUCCAGAAGUGCCUGAAAACUCCACAUCCACUCUGGUCCAGCAGCACUCCAGAAAUGAUUAACCUGGAAGCAGAGCAGGACUCUCAGCCCUCACUAUAGACACACACUCACACACACACACACACACACACACACUCUUUUUGAUCCCAUCGCUCCCCCAGCAGCCUCCUCCAUGGCUUUCUUAAUGAAGAAGAAGAAGUUUAAGUUCCAGGUGCACUUCACGCUGGAGGAGCUGACCGCCGUGCCUUUUGUCAACGGAGUGCUGUUCUGCAAGAUCCGGCUGAUUGAUGGGGGCGACUUUGCCAUCUUAUCGUCCAGGGAGGAGGUGCAGCAGAACUGCGUCCGUUGGAACAAGAAGUUCUCCUUUGUGUGUAAAAUGAGCGCCAACGCGGUCAGCGGCGUGCUGGACCCCUGCAUCUGCAGAGUGUCUGUACGUAAGGAGCUGAAAGGAGGGAAAGCCUUCUCCAAGCUAGGUUUUGCUGAUCUCAACAUUUCCGAGUUUGCUGGUUCAGGCUCCACGGUGCGAUGCUGCAUCCUCGAGGGUUAUGACACCAAAAACACCCGGCAGGACAACUCCAUCCUCAAGGUCACCAUUGGGAUGACCCUUCUUUCCGGGGAUCCCUGCUUUAAAACGCCUCCCAGUACGGCCAAGUCGGUGAGCGCCGUGGACAGAGACCCCAGCCUGCAGCCGGACUGUAAGGGGGAGAGCACGGAGGGGCGGGGCCAGCUGCGGGGGGGCAUCGGGGAGGGGCCCCGGGCCCUCAAGCCCCGCCAGGCGUCCGUACGCAGCUCAGGGCUGCCGGAGGAGGGCGAGUGUGUGUCCAGCCCUGAUGACAGCUUCCACACCGGUCAUUUACGCAGCUCCAGCUAUGCCAGUCAGCACAGCAAGAUAUCAGGUUACAGCACCGGCCACUCCCGCUGCUCCAGCCUCACCGACCUCAGUCACCAUCGAAACGCCUCCACCAGCAGCAGCGCCUCCGGUGGCCCCGCCCACCCGGCCCCGCCCACCCCCACCGAGCCCCGCCCACAAACCUCGCCCACCAAACCGGAGCGGCCCCCGCCUCCGUCUGCAGCGGCGCUCAUGUCCAACAGCCGGUCCUCCAGGAGGAAGAAGGACAACCUGGAGCGGCAGCACAGCUGUGUGGACGACACCCGGAUCGACGCCGACGACAUCGUGGAGAAGAUCGUGCAGAGCCAGAACUUCUCUGACAGCAGCAACUGUGAAGACAGCAACCUGAGGCUGUUUGUGAGUAAAGACGGGACCACUGCUCUGAGCGGAGCGCACCUGGACAACAGAGGAUCUCCUGGAGCCUUCGAACCGGUGGUCAUCAAGACCCACUGACAGAUGUCCUCCUGCAGCUCCACGUCCCCCUCCACAUCCACCAGAUGUUCCCUGCAGCUCCAGAUGUCCCCCAGAUGUCCUCCAGAUGCCCCCCUGCAGCUCCAGAUGUCCCUGUCGCUGGCUGGUCUGUCCUGCAGACCGCCUGCUUCACGCAGCUUCAGACUCCUGGUCUGGACUCCUGGUCUCUGUCGUUUCGCACUCGGAGCCUUUCAGAGGUCCGAUCCCGGAGCUGUGAGGUUGGAGGUACGUCUGAAGGUGACUGGAUGUAAUAAAACCACUACGAAAAGAAAACCACUGACCCUGACCCCGACCCAGCCGCUGACCCAGCCGCUGACCCUGACGCUGACCCUGACGCUGACCCUGACGCUGACCCUGACCCCAGGAGCUGUGAAGGACACUGACCUGCCGGACUGUGAUUGUUCAGGAUCGGUCUCUGUGGUGGUUUUGGCGUUGCCGUCUGUCAGCUGACCCCUGGACGUGGGCUGGACCCGCCGUCACUCUGUCCAUUUAUGUCUUUAGGCUCUUUUUUUUUUUUUUCCAGGGAUGAAAUCUUCAGGCUACUGAAUCACGUAGCAUUCAGUGCUAACACCAUGAAUCCAAACUCAGCAAAUCUGAACUUUAAACUUGAUUUAUUUCCUCUAAAACGUGAUUUUUUUUUUUUUUUUUUUUUUUUUUUUUGUGGACAUUUACACCAUACCUGCCCUGCAGAGGGAGCCGGCAUAAACCUGCUGCUGCCUGCUUCAUCGUUUUGAUGGAGAAUUCCCAUCAUGCAGUGAGGAAUGAGCUCCGUGCUCCUGGUAGCAGCAGGCAGGCCUGUUUCCGUCCUCACGGUCCAGAACCAGAAAUUUUAGGAGGAAGAAAUGUUACAUGUGUCCAGACCAAAGUGUGAAAUCUCUUCAAAUUUAGAGUCAAUUCUUGUUUUUCCAUCUGCAUGAGUUCCAGAGUUGACGGCACACAUUGCUAUUCUGUGCACAUAAACUCAUGUUUUCCCUGCUUUCUGAUCAAAAGUGUACGAUAAAGACAAAACUCAGGGAAUCCGUCGCUCACUCUUCCUGGAAUCUAUAAAGUCUCCACGAGCGUGUUUUAUGGAGUCCAAACAUCAGAGGUCAUUACUGACUGGUCGACCCUGAUAAACUCUUUUUACGAAGCUCAUCAAAAUCAUUUGCUUCUCCUCUGAUCAUGUGAUAUUUUAUGUAUUUAUGAGAACAGAAGCUUUCGAAUAGAAGACUCAUCCUGCAGGUACUUCUAUGAAUAAAGGGAGAUUUGACAGAACUGACUUAACGGAUCAGAAUCUACAGGAAGCUGAUCGUCUUCUUGCUCAAAUUAAAGAAAAGGUUCGGCUGGUUUCUUCUUCAGGUGGUACUUUGGCCUCCAGAUGACCUUUUCUUGGACUCUUCUCCGAUUUUGCAAUGAUGGAAAAUCAGUUUUAAAAGUUUAACAGAUCUAAAAUGGAACAAACUGUUGAUGAUCUGCUGCAAAACUGAAUAUUUUCUACAGUUUCUGCUUUUUCUUCGUCUGUAUUUUGAGGCAUAAACACUGAUCAGACGGGGAGAAGCUGAAGCUUCCCGAGUUCAUUUGAUCUGAUCCUGAGGAGGAAACUUCUCCUUUAUACUGUUUUGCACAUUUAAAACCUCUGUGGAGACGAUUAGAAGACCACUUGAACUGAAGGAGGCUCCGGCGCCGCACGUUUUACCGCAGCGUUUCGUCUGUUUGCGGCCGCUCUCAUCUGGAAGCGGCACCGGUGGAUUUCUACCCUGAAGUGAAGCAUUUGAAACCACAUCAGGACAUCGUCAACAGACUGAGUUAAACUGUAGUGUUCCUGUUUUAAGCCAAAGACAGACACCGAUUUGCAUCUGGGCCUGGAUCAGUCGCGCUAUCCACCGGUAAAGGUCAGGUAAACAUCCUCCCUCCUGGCGUCCCAGAGGGCUGCUCCCUCCGUGCCCCUGGUCCUCCUCCGGCUCACACUUCUGGGACUUUAUAUCUGUUUUCAUCAAACUUAAUGCUGCUUUCAAGAAAACAUCUUUUCAUUUUGCUCUUACCCGCGUUUGAAACUGACAGCAGCAAAAAUGACGAGUUUAAAUCAAAACUUAUUGCACUUUACAGCUUCAGGCAUUUUUCUGUGCUUUUUUUUUUUUUUUUUAAAGAAAUUGUGGUGUUUAUGCGAGUGUGAGUGUUUGUGUGUUUGCCUGCAGUAGCAGCUGUUGGGAGUCUCUUCCUGUGUCUGCAGCAGUGUCUCUGUGUUUCCAGACCAGCUGGCUGGUCUGCAGAGCCUCCGCGGUGGUUCAGGUUAUCGUCAGAUGUAGUCCGCUCCUGUCAUGUGACCCGCCGCUUCGCACCUGACCGUGUGUGAACUCCAAUGUGUGUCCGUGCUGUAUGUACUCCUGGUGAAAGGGUUUUUAUAUACUGUUUUUUAACGAUCUGAAUGGUCGGGAGUGGGAUUAUAAAGUUCUAUCAGCAUUGUGAGGUGGGUGGAAGGGAUAGAUUCUUAUAUAAACUGUUUUCUACUAUAUUUUAAGACUUAUUUAAUUCAAAUUCAAGUUAGUGAAAAGAUCAUAUUUGUUAAAUUAUAAUAUAUGAAUAUUAUUAAGAGCCUUAGUAUGUGAUGAAACCAUGUUUGUGUAUUUUUGUUAUCUCUCUGAACACGUAUAGGGAAUCCUUUCUCUCUCUUUUGUAACUAUUGUCACUUCUUGUGUUACACUGCCAGAAAAUAAACGUGGAAGUCACAUUGUAA